CCGGUCUAAUUUUUGAGGGUCGACGGUAUAUCUUAUCGAUAAGUCCCGCGGAUUUUAUCAGCGUGUAUUUUUGUACAAUAAAAAAUAAACAAUAAAUAACAAAUAAAUUUACAAUCGACCAUGGCCGACAGCCUGUUCCGAAUCAGCCGCAGUGGAUUGCUGCGAACGAGUGCGAAUAGCUCUAGCUUACAACAGACUCUAACCCGCCCGCUACGUCCUGAGAACAAUGUGACCGCAUUGACUGAAACACUAAUGGACCCAGAUGACUCGAACCGGGGCAGAAGCCGGAUGGAUGUCCUGUUCGCCCAAUUCUUCGACAUCCUGCAGGCGCACACCAACGAGACGGAGACCUUCGAGGUUCUGCUGAGCUUGUCUUUAGCGUGCAAGGGAGUCGUGGAGCAACUGCAGCUGGAAAUAGAACGGGGCAUGGGCGGAGAACAGGGCGCCGCGCACAGAACGGCCAGCAUUAGUUGGCUAAAGCAGGAGAUCAACACUUGGCGCUUGCUCCAUGGCAUCUACUAUGAUCGAAUAUUGCUCCAGACGGACACCCAAGCCGACGAUGAAAUGCAGGAAGGUCCCGUUCUUGGCGGCAGUGAGAAAAUGGUAAUCUCUCAGCUCUAUGCCAUCAAUUCCACCCUGAGGGAGUACCAGCUGGUUGUCGACUGGCUGGAGGCCUGCUACGACCAAAAGGAUCCAGAGAAUUUGCUUCACUGCCACGACCGGAUGAUGGCCUGGGAGAACACGCUCUUCCAGUUGGAGAAUCUGCAGGGAGCUGCGUUUGGGAAGAAGCAUGAAAUAGUCAAGAGCUUGGAUCCCGAUGCUCCUGUGAGGGAGAAGCUCUCUCUGCACGCUCUGGACGAAGAAGACAACAUGAGGCUGGGCCGAGCGAUUUUCGGGGCCAUCAGGAGAGGACGUAUCGAUGAUGCCCUUAAGUUGUGCAAGCACUACGGCCAGGCCUGGAAAGCUGCCAUACUAGAAGGGUGGCGCCUCCAUGAGGAUCCGAACUUUGAGCUUAGUGGAUCCCUGGUCAACGAGAAAUUGCCCAUUGAGGGAAACCCUCGUCGCGAUGUGUGGAAAAGGUGUGCCUGGCGUGUGGCCGACUCAAAGCGCUACGACGAGUUCACACGCGCCACAGCUGGCGUCUUUGCGGGACACUUGAGUUCUUUAAAGGCGCUGCUGCACAACAAUUGGCAUGAUCUGCUCUGGGCCCACAUCAAGGUCCAAAUCGACAUUCGUGUGGAAUCCGAGAUUCGGGAAUGCUGCACAAAGCGUUAUCAGGACAUGCCCGAGGACUAUUGGAACGGAAAAAUGACAUUGGAGCAAAUUUUCGACGAACUGAAUGUAGCCAAAGAUGUGUCUGUGAAAGACUUUGCCAAGGGCCAGCUGGGCAUCAUACAGAAGCAUCUUAUCCUGGACACUUGUGGCGAGCUGAUCCAGCACAUGGUACGCUGGCUAGAGACGGACGCCAUCAAGCUGUCUUCUCACCAGCUCCGCUUUAUGGCCCACAUUGUUCUGUUCCUGCGGCAGAUUGGACGUGUCGAAAACGAAAAGCAGGCUGAAAAAAUUAUCGCCUCCUAUGUGGAGGCGCUGCUGGCACGUGGAGACGCCCAGCUUAUAGCCUACUAUGCUGCGGCCUUAUCCAACCGCCUUCAAGUGAAACUUUACUCCCAAUUCCUCGAGACAGUUGAGCAGGAACGUGCGCGAGAGCUGGCCAUCGACGCUGCCCUGCAAGCAGGAUUGGACGUGGAGCAGAUCACCCGCCUUACAGUGGAAACUAUACGAAACACUCAGCAUCCACUGGGGGAUCUCGGGGAACCCCAUGCAGGAGAAAUAUCAGCUCCGGACCAGUUUAAGAUCGCGGCUCUGGAGUGGCUCAUCUUUCUGCCGGAGCAGCGGAGCGAACUUCUCUGGCAAGCAUGUGCCAUGAUGCGUAUUUAUCUGGCAUCUAACAAGAUCGAGUGCAUGCGCAAAACAUUCCUGAUGGUGCCCGGCGACGUGGUCACCCGUCUGAUAGCCACCUUCGGUUCCUUGGAAAAUCUACCGUCUCGCGAGGAGUGCAGCUUGAAGGAAUAUCUCUGCUACAAGGUAUACCUUGCUGGCGUCGACAGCUUUGUUGAGUGGAAUCGCCGGCACCAGAAUCCUCCGCAAAAGCCGGCUGCGCUCGUUGCAAUUACCAGCCAGGACAACUUCACGAAUCGCCUGGUGAGCGAGCGAAAGGAGCAGACCUAUCGCAUUGAGCUGGAAAGAUGGGAGCAGAAGGUCAAGGAGCAGGCAAAGCAGACAACGGAAGCCUUGUACAACAUUUUGAUGUUCCCGGAGAAAGGCUGGCUGGUUGACCCCUUUAUCUCCAAGGAGCCGGAAAAUGCUGCACAGCUCAAUUGGGAGAAUAGACUGUUGCAGAUGGAAAAGCUGCGCUCCCUUUGUCUGCCCGAGAUCGCACUACUUCUUCACGAGGUUAUGUCCAAGUCCGGAGACCUUGUUGGCUGUGUGCGCCUGGCGGAUGAAAUAUCUAGCGAGCAUCGGCAGCUGUACAAGGUCUACACCAAGCACAAAAUGGCCGAGCUUCUCUCCAAGAUUGCCGACACUUCCCUGGAGCUGCUCAAUUCGAAAGCAGAUCCCUGGGGUUACCCCAUCACAGCCUAGAAAUGUGUAUUUCAAUUGAUCGCGAUAUAUAUCUAAUUUUAAAAGUUUA